CGCUGUUGGGAAAUCCAAUCAGCGAGGAGCUCGGGAUGCCGGAUGUUGUUAUGACGUGUCAUCAAGCGCUUGACAGUCAUGGAAGGGCUGAUGUGCUUAUGUGGGAUGAUGAGGCUGUUGACUGCCUUGUUCAUCCCAGUACUGAUUGCCAGCAUUGCUCUGAGCCUCGUCUUUGUCUUGCUUUUUAUUUGCACUCGAUUGUGGAUUCAGAGAAAGAAAAAGCAGAGUGUGGAAAUAGGAAAAGAUGGGAAAAAGAAGAAAGUGGUGGCAUUUUUUCACCCAUACUGCAAUGCUGGAGGCGGAGGGGAGAGAGUACUGUGGUGUGCACUGAGAUCCCUCCAAAAGCGGUACAAAGAUGUGAUCUAUGUCAUUUAUACUGGUGACAAAGAUGCCUCUGCGGAACAGAUCCUGAAUGGGGCCGCUGCAAGAUUUAACAUCAAGCUGUCACACCCUGUAAAGUUCAUCUUCCUGGAAAAGCGUGGACUUGUGGAAGCAGGAUGUUAUCCCUGUUUUACUUUGCUGGGACAGAGUCUUGGCUCCAUUGUUUUAGGCUGGGAAGCUCUUACGAAGUGUGUGCCAGAUAUAUACAUUGAUUCUAUGGGCUGUGCAUUUACAUUGCCUCUCUUCAAGUAUCUCGGAGGAUGCCAUGUCGGCUGCUAUGUGCACUAUCCAACUAUCAGCAUGGAUAUGCUGUCUGUUGUUCAUAGUCAGCAUGCAAGAUUCAACAAUGCUGCUUUUAUCUCAAACAAUCCUGUUCUGAGCAGACUGAAACUGAUUUAUUAUUAUCUGUUUGCACUAUUCUAUGGAUGGGUUGGUUCAUGUAGUGACGUCAUCAUGGUUAACUCAACAUGGACUUUCUCCCACAUUCUUGAUCUGUGGAAAUGUAGUGACCGUACUAGCAUAGUUUAUCCUCCGUGUGAUGUUCAGACAUUUUUAGACCUUAAUUUAAAUCAACACAAAGAAAAAGAGGAACAUUCAGUUGUUUCUAUAGGGCAGUUUAGGCCCGAGAAGGACCACCCUUUGCAAAUACGUGCAUUUGCAUCCUUGCUGGAAAACAAAAAUGCUGAACAAAGAGCAAAGUUGAAAUUGAUCCUAAUUGGGGGGUGUCGCAACAAUGAAGAUGAGCUACGUGUGUCAGAGCUGAAAAGACUCAGCUCCGAAAUGGGAAUUCCAGUGGAGUUCAAAGUGAACAUUCCUUUUGCAGAGCUAAAGAAGCAUUUAAGUGAAGCUACCAUUGGCUUACACACCAUGUGGAAUGAGCACUUUGGAAUUGGCAUCGUUGAGUGCAUGGCUGCUGGUACCAUAAUUCUGGCUCAUAAUUCUGGAGGUCCAAAACUGGAUAUUGUGGUGCCUUAUGAAGAACACCAGACUGGCUUCUUGGCAGAUAGCGUUGACAGUUAUGCAGCAGCAAUGGAUCAUAUUCUGUCUCUGACACCAGAACAGAGACUGUCCAUUAGGAAAAAUGCACGUCUUUCUGUUGGCAGAUUUUCAGAUCAGGAAUUUGAAGCUAAUUUCCUGGCUUCAUCAGAGACGCUAUUUAAAUGAACCAAUCGACAAUUUUCCCUGUAUUUAUUUUUAUUUUCUGUGCUGAGGACUGCAACUAUAUAAAAUGUUUUUUUUUAUUGAGUAUUGGAAAUGUACACUUAUAUCUCCAGAGAAUGAUAUACAUGGAUUGCUUGGAGCUGCAAACUCUGCAAAAGUCAUUACAGAUGGCUGCAACCCUGGCAGGUGUCUCUGCUGCCCACAUCUUGCUCCAGCCCUGUCGUUCUGCUCUCUUGCUCAGUGGCAUUUUAAACCAAAGAAAAGUUUACUAUCGGGUGACUAUAUAUAUAUAUAUAUAUAUAUAUAUAUAUAUAUAGUGAAUAAA